AUGCCGCGGCCCGGCAGGAACACGUACAGCGACCAGAAGCCGCCCUACUCCUACAUCUCCCUGACGGCCAUGGCCAUCCAGAGCUGCCCGGACAAAAUGCUGCCGCUCAGCGACAUCUACAAGUUCAUCAUGGAGCGCUUCCCCUACUACCGGGAGAACACGCAGCGCUGGCAGAACUCCCUGCGCCACAACCUCUCCUUCAACGACUGCUUCAUCAAGAUCCCGCGCCGGCCGGACCAGCCCGGAAAGGGCAGCUUCUGGGCGCUGCAUCCCAACUGUGGAGACAUGUUCGAGAACGGAAGCUUCCUGCGGCGCCGGAAGCGCUUCAAGGUGGGCGGCGUGCCGGUGCCGGACCCGUUGGGCCCCAGCAAGCCACAGGACGCCGCGCACUACCUGCAGCAGCAGGCCAAGCUGCGGCUGAGCGCGCUGCACGCCGCCGCGCAUCUCCCGCAGGUCCCUGCGGGGUACGGCCUGGGCUCCACGCAGCCGUCCGGCUUCAAGCACCCGUUCGCCAUCGAGAACAUAAUCGCCAGAGAGUACAAGGUUCCCGGCGGACUGGCCGCCUUCCCGGCCGCCGGCUACCCGCUGCACAACCAGCUGAGCCCGGCCUGGCCGCACAUGUACGGCUCGGGCGUCCUGGACCCCGCGGCGCCCCUCUCCGUGGCGCCCGCCGACUACUCGGCCUAUGGUAUGCCGCUGAAGACGCUCUGCCACGGCGGACAGACUCUGCCCGCCAUCCCGGUGCCCAUCAAACCCGCACCCGGCCUGCCCGCACACAUCCCGGCCUUCCUGGCCCAUUCCCCGCGCUCCCUGAGCCCGACGUCUCCGCAGACCGCCGCCGGCCAGAGCAGCCCGGCCGGGCCCGCAGAGCCGCUGCAGUCCGCGGUGGCGGUGCACUGA